CUCAAUUUCAGUACAACUGCGGCGAUUAUUAUAAUUCUGCUGUUAGUUUAGUUCGUUAUCGAAUUAUGUCUACUAAUUUCAAGAAGUCAUUUUCGGCACUUUGGGGCAAAUUUGCUACAGAAAUUCUAACAGAAAAUUGGAAAUCGGCUCAUGAAGAUUUAUUAAGAAUUCGAGAAACUUUAGAAAAAAAAGCUACUGAAUUUACUUCGGUGGAACUUUUAAAUCAACGAUCAUGGUUGAUUCACUGGAGCUUGUUUGUAUUUUUUAAUUAUGAAAAGACUCCAGAAGGACUUGUAGAUUUACUAUUCCAAUCGCACUACUUGAACGCUAUUCAAACGGCGUGUCCUCAUAUUCUUCGAUACCUUUGCGCUGCUGUGGUUUUAAGCAAACGGAAACGCCAUUUAAUUGGUGAAUUGACACGUGUUUUAGAGGAGGAGCGCGGAAAUUACGACGAUCCGCUCACGCAAUUCGUCCAUUACUUGUUUGUUUGCUACGACUUUGACGAAGCGCAGAAAACUUUGAGAGACUGCGAAACUGUUCUUCGAAAUGAUUUUUUUCUUUACUCUUUUCAAGAAGAUUUUGUAGAAAAUGCGCGUUUGUUUAUUUUUGAAAACUACUGCAAAGUAAAUCCUCGCAUCAGCAUAAAAAUGUUAGCAGAAAAGUUAAACUUUGAUGAAGAAAAGGCAGAAGUUUGGGUGGUGGACCUGAUCUGCAACGCUCGGCUCGACGCUAAAAUAGACUGCGAAGAGGGAUUUGUUAUUAUGGGCUCUCAAGGAACUUCAGUUUAUCAAGAAGUUAUAGAAAAAACGAGCCGCUUGUCGAAUCGGUCUCAUGAGAUAGUCAAUAUUUUAACUAAACGAAUUACUGCUUCUCAGAAAAACGCGAUAUACCCGCUCGAUGCUUGA